CCACUGUAUAUUUACACGUUGUUUAAAUGGUGCGAUUUGUGCUCAAAUGAUGGUUACUCAAAAUCCCUAUUGGCUGAGCACGUUGGAUGUUCUGUGAGGACAUGGGCGCUGAGUAGGAGGAUGCUUGGUUUGAGUGGCUGGGGCAGCCCCUGCCUGAGGAGUCAGCAGUGCCUGCUCUGAGCCAGCAGUGAGCUCAUCUGAACAAGAAGGAGCUGCAUGCAGCCAGCAGGCUGCUCAGGAUUAACCCAAGCUUCAUAUGUACAGUAUAGACCUUAGAAACAGCUACGCUGCUGGGAACUGUAAUAGUUCAGCUCCUCGCUGUAUCUCAGCAGGGGGCAAAACAGAGCUUGGGCUUAAUGAGGUAUUUCUGAUCCUCCCCAUGUUCCCUCUCCCUGCAAAGAAAACACUAGAAGCUGCGUGGUGGCUUUGUGUACCCAGCAGCCGUCUCUGUUCUCUCUUCCCUUCCCCUCUCUCACUCCAUCACAGGCUCCAUCCCCAUCACACCAAUUUUGCCACAGGAUUUUCCAGCUCCAAUUUCAGGCUUCCUUUCCCAGCCCUGAUGGUUGUCUGUGCAUCUGCCCACUUCUUACUGUCUAGCAAGGGGGGAAAAAAAGCCUUUCUCGCUUGAAUUGGAGCUGAAUUCACAAGGUUCCAGCAGGGCUAUAAGAAAACAUGGUGGGGAUAUGUCAGAUGUGUGAGUGCUGUCCAAAACAGCAGCUCCUUGGCAGCACGUAUUGAGUUGAACUGGGAACGUUGUCAGGACAAAGUGGUGCCCAUCCAAAUCAUGAAGGACCUCACAGGUUAAAAGGGAUGCUGGGCUUCCACCUGCUGGAGACAGACAGAGCGUGGGAGAACCAGAGGAACACGGAUGGGAGUGUCCCAAUGCUACCAAUGUGGGUCCUGGGAAGCUGAGUGCUGGCCCUGCCCAGAUACCGAUCGGCUUUGCACACCUACGUCCUUCACUCCCUUUUGACACUCUUAGCAGAAGACGAACAGGCAGGCAGUAAUUUCAACACAGGUAGUCAAAGUGCUGCUUACAGCGUGAUACUGAACCGUUCCUGCCUUUGAUUAGUCACAGCCCUGGGCAAACAAUCUUUAAAACAAGGGAUCCUGCUACAAGAGAAGGUGCCCCACCUUUUGAGAAAGAAGAGCUGGUUGUAUAACUUCAGCCCCAUCUUUAUUUCUUGGCUGGGAACUUCCUCCUUUCACCACACCUACAUUACUGGAAGAAAAAGACAGCAAACUGUUGUCAGAGGCAGCGAAUACGUGCCAAAGAAACCGCGGGAUCCGUAAGAUUUUCUACCUCUACAAGUUCCAUGUGGGAGCCCAUAUGCUGAGGCUGUGUGUCACGUUCCUCUGCCUUUUGUAUGGGGUGAAAACAGAUCCCAAGGAGACAUGUCCUGCUUUCACCGUGCUCAGCUUCGGCAGCGCCUUGAUAGGGACCGACCUGGAAGUGAAGCUGAUGCUGUACACCAGACAGAAUGAAGACUGCGCCGAAGAGCUCAAUUCAACAGCCUCCAAGUAUCUGGAUCUGACCAAGAAAACCACCUUCAUUAUCCAUGGAUUCCGGCCCACAGGCUCUGCCCCGGUCUGGAUCCCUGACUUGGUGCAUCUCCUGCUUUCUGUAGAGGACAUGAACAUCAUCAUUGUGGACUGGAACCGGGGGGCAACUACUAUCAUCUAUAGCAAUGCUUCCAGAAACAGCAAGAAAGUUGCUGAGAUUCUGAAGAAAUUUAUGGAUGAGAUGUUGAUUCACGGUGCGUCGCUCGACUCCAUUCACAUGAUAGGAGUCAGCCUGGGAGCACACAUCUCCGGCCUGGUGGGACAGAUGUUUGGUGGUCAGCUGGGAAGGAUCACAGGCCUCGACCCAGCGGGCCCCCUGUACAGAGGAAAGCCGCCCAGUGAGAGGUUGGACCCCAGUGAUGCACAGUUUGUUGAUGUCAUUCACUCAGACACUGAUGGGCUGGGCUAUGCAGACGCCCUCGGCCACAUUGACUUCUACCCCAAUGGUGGCACUGACCAACCAGGCUGCCCGCCGACAGUAUUUGCUGGAUUGAAGUACUUUAAAUGUGACCACCAAAGGUCUGUUUUCCUCUUCAUGGCAUCCCUGAAAAAGAGCUGCAAUAUCACAGCAUACCCAUGUGAGUCAUACAGGAGCUACAGGAGGGGGAAAUGUACCAGCUGCGAAACCUUCCAGCCCAUGCCAUGCCCCAUCCUAGGUUAUUACGCCCACGAGUGGAAAAGCCAUUUAACAAAGCAGAGCCACCCAGUGACAAACAUGUAUUUUGAUACCGCGGAUGAAGAGCCGUUUUGCCUAUAUCACUACUUUGUGGACAUGGUGACAUGGAACAGAGGCACCAGGAGGGGCACGCUCAGCGUGGUGUUAGCUGAUGGCACUGGGAAGAAGGCAGAAUCCAAAGUUAACCCCGAAGCUGCAGCCUUCCAGCAGUACAAGCACAUCAGUUUGCUCAUUGGAUUCAACCAGGAUUUGGAGAAUGUGAAGAGAAUUUCCCUGACCUUUUCCACUGGGUCUGUCGUCGGCCCUAAAUUCAAGCUCAGGAUUCUUCAGAUGAGGUUCAGGUCACUCUCAAACCCUGCAAGGCCGUCGCUGUGCCGGUACGACCUGGUGCUGACGGAGAACGCGGAGCAAAGCUUCAGGCCCAUCCCGUGCACCGAGCGGCGGGGAGCAGCACCAGAACCAGAACCAGCAAUAACAGCAGAACCAGAACCAGAACCAGAACCAGAACCAGAACAUAAACCAGCACCAGAACCAGAACCAGAACCAGCAAUAACAGCAGUAACAGAACCAGAACCAGCAAUAACAGCAGCACCAGAACCAGCACCAGAACCAGCACCAGCAAUAACAGCAGUAACAGAACCAGAACCAGAACCAGAACCAGAACCAGCAGUAGUAACAGUAACAGCGUCGGGCGGCUGA